GGCGAGGUCCCGCCUGCCGCAGGGGUUGGAGGUCAUAAGCGCCGCCGCCGUGUGGUGCCGGUGUGCCUCAGGCACUCAUGGAGGGCUCCGGCGAUGAGGAGUCGGAAGCCGAAGGGCCGCUGCAGCAGCUGGUGAAGCGGCAGCGCAGGGAGAAACGGGAGCUCCAGGCAAAAAUCCAAGGCAUGAAAAAUGUAGUUCCCAAGAAUGAUAAAAAGCGAAGAAAACAGCUGGCUGAUGAAGUUGCCAAAUUAGAGGCAGAACUUGAACAGAAGCACAAGGAAGAAUUAAAGCAGCUGAAGGAAUCUUCACCUGAGCAGAAUAAGACAGAUUCCAUAGCUGAUGGAGUUGCAAGUUUAAAGCUUCAAGGAGUAGAGCAACAAAUUCAGCAUCCCCGGAUAUCAAAAGCACAGAAGAGGCGGGAAAAAAAAGCUGCCUUGGAGAAAGAACGAGAAGAGAGGAUAGCUGAAGCUGAGAUUGAAAAUUUAACAGGUGCUAGACAUCUUGAAAGUCAGAAACUUGCCUCCCUGUUGGCAGCGAGGCACUUGGAGAUUAAGCAGAUCCCUUCAGAUGGCCACUGUAUGUACAGAGCUAUUGAAGAUCAGCUCAAGGAUUGCCACAACUCCUGUACUGUUGCAGCUCUGAGGAACCAAACAGCAAAGUACAUGCAAAGCCACUUGGAUGACUUCCUGCCGUUCCUUACAAACCCUAGCACCGGAGACAUGUACAGCAGAGAGGAGUUUGAAAAAUACUGCGAUGAUAUAGCAAACACAGCUGCGUGGGGUGGUCAACUGGAACUAAGGGCUUUGUCACACAUCUUGCAAACACCUAUUGAAGUGGUGCAAAUGGAUUCCCCUCCCAUCAUUGUUGGUGAAGAAUAUUCAGGCAAACCAAUAAUACUUGUGUACAUGAGGCAUGCCUAUGGAUUAGGGGAACAUUACAAUUCUGUAAAACUUCUAACAGACACUGCUACAGAAAAUGGCAGCUAGCAUAGAAAAAUCAUGAAUCCACAUGGAUGAAAGUUGCAUCUUUGAAUGUUGGGCUCCAGGCAAUUCCCAGACAGUGGAAAGUGAAAUUAAGUGGAAUGGAUGAAAAAUGGGAGGGGGAAGGGACAUGGAAGGUUUGACUAUAAACGAAAAAUAGCUCUAGAUUUGAAACAAAGCCAAACCAAUAUCACAUGACAAUAUGUUGAACUUGUUGGUAUGCAUCUUGUUUACACAAUCUCCUCUAAAAUGAUGGCUGUGUAGAUCAGGAAUUCUGUUUUAUUUAGUAAGAGAUUCUUCCUGUGCUGUAAUGAAGCUAAUGAGUAGUAAAUGUUUUGGCUGAUUUGCAUUUCUGCUGAAGAAUUCAGGUUAACCCACUGGUUCCUGUUACAUUAUUUCUGGCAGAUUUUGAUGAUUGUGGAACAGUUAAAGACAUUUAAAAUCACUGAUUUUUCUUUUGGUUGAUGGAAUAUCCUCUGCAGUGUUUCUUUAGCUCUUUCAGGAUGCUGUAGGACUCCCCCCUAUUUUGGUUUGGCCAGAGAAGAGCUGAAGACUAAUCUAGCAGUAGAAUGUCUUGCUUGGCUGAAGGAAGUACACAGUCCUUUUAUUUUAAAGACCUUCAUCUCAGAUUUAUACUAAGGGUGAGGAUGUUACUUUUGGGGGUGUUUCUGCAGUUGACAGUAGCAACUGAACACUUGAUGCUGUUUCUAGUGAUGAAUCUGUCAUUUGACACCAGAACAUUGAUGCAAGUGAACCAUGCUGUUCAUCCUUCAGCCUUUAAUCUGUGCAUUUCCAUGGUAUAGAAAUCAUCCAAACAAAGAGCUCUUUAACGUCCUCACUUCAGGUACUGAAACUCAUCUGAACUUAUCGUUGAUGGAUCUGCUGAUCUCUAAGCACUUUGAAACAAAAUGUGAUGUUUUAAAAUGCUUAAAACAGCUGGUUGCAUACAAGUGUAAGCAUAACCACCUUGGGAUUUGUCAGUGUCUUUUAAAGGUGACCUGCAAAAGAAUGAAAUUUAUUUUCCUUGCUUCUUAACGAUGCAAUAAGACUUGAAAAGUGGAAUUUUUUAAUAUGGAUCAACUUUUUACAUUAGAAACUUGGACUUUUGUCAUUAAGUCACUAUAAAUGUGGCUCCAAAAACAGCAGCCUACUGAAACCAAAGCUGUAAUGCAAUUAUCUUUGAACAACAGAAGUGAUUUAUUCACUUUUUUUGUCAAUGCCUUAGUCAAUAACAUAACUGUAUUUUAGUGCUGAUGAGUUGGAGAAAAGCAAUUAGUCUAAAGCUGAAACACCUUUGCCUGAUUUGAGGAUUACGAGCUAACAGUGUGCAUCUUGUAGUUGUAGACUGAUGUUCCUGAGGCUUAUAGAAUUGCUCUUAUUUAAGAAGAAGGGAGAUAAUAGUCAUUCUGAAUGAGAUUAUGUCUGGUUUAAAGCACUUUGAGUAAGAUAAGGAGAGGGAAAAUAAUCAGAAAAAUACGGGACAACGUUUUGAACAAGGGGACUUAAAUAUGACUGGUGCCUGCCAGGCAAGCAAAGUAUUAAUGGGAUCAGGAGUUUUUACAUCCUUAUUUAUCUGAUACAGUAUAGAAAUGCAGCUGUGCUUAUGGCAGCUGCUUUACUCUAGAAUUUAUUUUGCUGCUUUUAUUGUAUAAAACUGUUUUUAACUGCAAUUAAUAAAUGGAUGCAACAGGAUGGAAAAAAGUGUCUCUAAAAGUAAUAAUCAGGCAUACUCUUCUCUGUGGUGUUUAGAACUGAUGUGAUAGGAAAUGCACAUGCUGCGUUUUAUUGCCCCUCCAUGAAUAAAUGGCCUUCAGUUUAUUGGAUUUUUUCAUCUUUAUUUGAUUAAAUGACAAACAGCCCCUUCCUGCCCCAGAAUUCUGAAGCAACUGUAACAACAGUUUGUCUUGUAGAAGAUAUUUACAAUUUGCAGAAAGCAAAAUAAUGGUUUAAUAUAGUGAGUGAAAGAUCCUUGCUUAUGCUGUGUGGGACUUGCCAAAAAGUAAUAAAUUGGUUUACUUGUGGCAAAUCCUGUUGUGGUCAUUUAUUUUGUACUUAGAUUGUUUCUUCUUAACUCUUGUAAUAAAUUUGCUCAUUUUAAAUCUCA